AUGGAUUCGUUACGAAAAACCCGUUCUGAAUCAACAAAAAAGAUCAAUGUCCGUGUUAUUCAUGUGAAACCAGCAUCAGAUAUGUGGAUCAACGAUGAUUAUACUGGAUGGAAAAUUGCGGGAAGGGAUGAAUCAUUGGAUGAGAACCUGACACUGGUUUCUUCAUCGAAACGUGCUUCUCCAAGUGAGGAUAAGGCGAAAAUCCUAAAAGGUGGAUCUACUGUCAAACAGCCCAUUGUUACUGAUGUUCAAUCUGUCCUAAAACACUCUAUGGUUUCUGAACAGACUGAAACAGAUUGUUUAGAGGUGACGGAUUAUGAUUCUGAUGAUGACAAAGUAGGGCAUCUUCAAUUAAAGCAGAAUGAACCACAUCCACGUAAAAGUAUUUUAAAGAUUCCCUCAGAUCUUUCUGCUUCAAGAUUAAAUCUUAAGACAGAAACCAAAUCUUCGGUGACCAGUGUAACACCAAGAUCGAUUCAAGUUCGAUCCUAUAACAAAGGAUCAUCCAGUUCAGUUAUAGGGUUUGAUUUAAAUGCAGGGAAGGUUUUAAAAGAAGAAAGUUCCGGGGCUGUAGUAAUUCGCCACUCAAAAUGUGCAGAAAAGGAAUUGCCAAGUGGUCAUUGUCCAGCGUUAGAGAUUUAUUUUGGUAAUAAAGGGGCUAGCUGUAGUAGUAUCUCACCAAAUAAUCAAUCUUCAAUAAAUCACCAACUGAAACCAGAUUCCAAGUUUUCUGUUGAUAGAAACAAAUCCUGGAAAACACCAGAACCUCUAGGAACUAAAACAACAGGGAGGGAAAAAAAAAGAAAAUCGAAAAGGAAAAAGACAGAAAGCAAGGUGAAUUAUACACCAGUUGAAAAAUUUGAAGAGCCAACAGACGCGGAAUUGAAGAGGGGAAAGAAAAAAACAUCUAAGAACGUAUUUAAAAUGCUGACUAAAACGAAAUCUAAUAGUUCUAGCAGGAGUUUAACAACUUAG